AUGUCAGAUGAACUCGAUUACCUCCAGCAAGGCUUCGAUGCCUCUUCCCUUACGAUGGCCCGGAUUCGCUCUAUAUUAGUCCAACAUAACAUCGAUUACCCAUCUAAUGCCAAGAAAGGGCAGCUCGUCGAAAUCUUCAACAACGAUCUAGUCCCACAAGCAAGAAAGAUAUUGCAUGAGAGAGCGCGUGCGAAGAGAACGAGCCGAGGGAUUAUCGAUGUCGAAUCAUCAACAGAUACCAGCACUCAGGAGAGUACAACAGAAAGUACACAGGAGAGUGAUGCGAUACUACCACCACCGAGGUCGAGAUUUGCGAAGCAAGCACCUGCAGAAGUCAGAGCACCAGUAGAUAUUAGUGAUGAUGAACCAGCGUUGUAUAGGAACACCAGGAGAUCAACCCGAUCCAUAAGCCCAGUAAAGAGAAUGCCCAGAGCUAGUAGUCCCAUGAAAAGGACAACGAAACCAAGCAGCAAACAUCCCAGGCAGGAGGAGAUUCCUCUGGAGGAUGAGGAUAUAGUGCGAAAAUCCAGAAAAAGUACAACAGUUCAAACACCGAUGGUUGCGGCGAGGAAUAAUCUAGAUGGAGUGGCACAAAGAAGAGACUCGCGAAGAGAGACCAAUUUCACCUACGACAAUCCCUUUCAAAAAGGCUCGCCGCCUAGAAGACCUAUAUCGAGCCAUGAUAAUAAGAGGAAAAGCUUUGGUGGAAGUGCUAUGAAGGAACUAGAGAAGUCGAGGACUUCGAUUCCGAGAAGAGGCAUGGCGUACCCACAAGCUAAUGAUGGAAUACGUCCACCAACUUCUUCCACUUUCGAAAUUCCUCUUAGUAGCCUUGAUGGUCUCAAGGACUAUGAUGAUAAUGGAGUAGAAGUUAGUGAGGAUUUUACUCCAGAGGCACAAUUUGAGCUCGAGCGUGAGCAACAGAGGGGACUCGCAAAAAUUCAGCCUCGACGAAAAGCAUCAAACGGAGUUAGCAUGAGUGGACCUAUCUGGAUGGUCCUUCUUACAUUGCUUGGUGGUUAUGCUGUUUGGUAUAGGCAGGAGAAGAUUGCUGUAGGUUUCUGUGGCGUAGGUAGAGAAGCGCAUUCGAUCAUACCCGUCCGAUCAAAUCUUCCGGAUUGGGUACAAGUAAUUGCCGAACCGCAGUGCGAUUGGUGCCCACAGCAUGCUUAUUGUAAUACAAACUAUAAAGUUCAGUGCGACCAAGAUUUUAUUCUCAAGCAUCAUCCUCUCUCAUUGGGUGGAUUCCUACCUUUGCCGCCAACUUGUGAGCCUGAUGGGGAGAAAGCUCGGCGGGUCAAAGCCGUUGCGGAUCGAGCUGUUGAGGAAUUAAGGGAGAGAAGAGCGAAGUGGGAAUGUGGUGACUUAGUUGAUGAAGCUGGAGCACCUGAACCAACAGUCGAAAUAGAUGCCGAAGAAUUGAAAAAAGAAGUUAGUCAGAAGAGGAGAAGGGGAAUGGGAGAGGCUGAGUUUGAGGAGUUAUGGGUUGGUGCCAUUGGAGAAAUUAAGGGGAGAGAUGAAGUGGUUGUUGGUGCUGAUGGAUCAAACACCCUCACAAGUACCUCACUCGCACGUCUCCCCCUCACCUGUGCUAUCAAACGAUCCUUUAGAGUCACAUUGGCAAGACAUUAUUUCGAAAUUGGAUCUUUAGGUCUUGCUUUUAUCCUCUUUUUAUAUGUCCGUUCAAUUAUUAGCAAUCAUAGAGCUACUCAAGCUGUAAUCCACCCUUUAGUUUCACUCACUCUGUCGCGUCUCGCCACUCAAGCAUCUCUUUACGCAGAAGAUCCAGGUACCGUAAAGGAGAGUUGGAUCAGUAUUGGCCAACUGAGAGACGAUGUUUUACGGGAUGAACAUAGUCUACAAAAGCGGGAAAAGAUUUGGACAAAAGUGAGGAAUGUAGUGGAAAUGAAUGCGAAUAUCCGAUCGAUGCAACGAGAGAGUCAAAAUGGUGAAAUCUCCAGAGUUUGGGAAUGGAUUGGUGCAUUGGAGGAUGUGGAGAAUAGUGUUAGGAGGAGGAAAGGCGAGAGGGUUAGUUGGGAAACACCAUUAAGGCAUAGGGAUAAGUAUUUGGAGAGGUCGUUAACGCCUAGGUGGGAGGAACCUGGUUCGACACCUGCUUUUUAA